AUGGAAAUCAAAGUUCGUAAACCGUUCUUCCUUCAUUUCAAGAAAGUGCCUACACCAUUGAAGGUUUUCUGUGACAACAUUUCUAGUUCCCUCAGGUUCAGUGAGUCUCUCAACACACUUGUAAGCUUGGUGCGAACUAAUGUGGAUGAAACUCUUCUCAAUACUAUGAUUCAAUUCUAUGAUCCUCUGUUACAUUGCUUCACUUAUCGAGACUUUCAAUUGGUACCAUCCUUGGAAGAGUUCCCAUUCUUGCUGGGACUUCCUGUACUCGAUCGGAUCCUUUAUACUGGUAAGGAAGAAAACCCUAAGUGGGAAGACAUUGCUGCUGCCCUACACCUACCAAAAGCUGAGAUUGAGAAGGUUUGGAUUAGUAAGAAAGAAUACUCUGGAUUACCUCUUGACUUCCUCUACGAAAAGGCGGAGAUUUUUGCUAAGGCUUCAAGCAUGGAUGCUUUAGAGAGUGUUUUAUCUUUGCUAAUUUAUGGGCAAGUAUUAUUCCACCAUUAUGAUAAAAUUGUUGAUGUGGCUGCUAUCAAGAUAUUCCUCAGUAAGAAUCCCGUUCCUACCCUACUUGGUGACUUAUUACACUCUAUUCAUUUUCGAGCGUCAAAAAGGAAAGGUUGUGUUCUUGGAUGUGCUCCUCUGUUGUAUAAGUGGUUUAUUUCGCACUUACCCCGCUCUAUAAGAAGGAAUGAAGAAGGUUUAACUUGGGCUCAGAGAAUUAUGAAGCUUUCUUUUGACGACGUCAUUUGGUACCAAAAAGAGUUUGAGAUAACUUUGUCGUUUGAUUGUUGUGGAGAAUUCCCAAACAUACCUCUUCUUGGUGUUCGCGGAGGAAUAACCUAUAACCCCAUUUUAGCUCGACAUCAGUUUGGUUUCGCUUUAAAAGACAAGCCAUGUUCCUUAUAUAUUAGUGCAGAAUAUUUCAGCUAUGAUUCUAAUGAAGCUAAGAAAAGAGAUCUCUUCAUUAAAGCCUGGUCAAAAGUAAAGAAAGUUGGUGCAAAAGACAUAGGGAGGAGAAACUAUAUUCCAUUGGAUCCAUACUUCCAAUGGAUUUAUGACCGAGUUGUUGAAUUUGGGAUGCCAUACCCAUCUGAUACGCCUAUAGUACCAAGAAUAGCUCCUCCUGCUGUUCCGGUUGCGUUUGAGCCAUAUGUCCCUGCUCCAAACGAAGAUCUUGUUGCAACUGUUAACCAAUUGAAGAGAGAAAGGGAUGACUUUGAGAGACGUUUGCGAGAAGCUGAAGCUGAAAAAGAAGUGUUGAUAGCAAAUGCUAAAGAGCGGGAGGCUUUACUUGACUAUUUUUCUCGCAAAUGGAAGAUUGAAGAUUUUAUUUCUCCGGAUCAGAUCAACUCAUGGGAAGAGGAGAUUUCCAGGCUUGUCCAAGAACGAGAAGAUAUGAUCAAGGCACACAAGGAAGAAGUCAGGACUCUGAAAAGGAAGCGUCGUGAGGAAGACAAAAGUCCCAGAAUUUUGAUUUUUACAUUUUUAUUUAUUAUUAUUUAUUCUUUUUUUUCGCAUCUUCACUUUGAUGUAACCAAUGGAUUAUGA